CCCGGAACCCACAGGAGGGGCCACGCCCAGCUGGGCGGAGACGAAUGAGUGACGGACUGGCCGCACAGACCUUUUUCACUUCCGGCGUUUGAUCUUGGCCUCUACCUAGGCUUCUGCGGGCGCCGCUGGGGCUAGGGUAGGCUCCAGGCGGACGGAGCUCAGGCCGGCGGCAGCGGUGAGGGCAGCCGCCUGCAGCUGGGAGCCUUGGGCAGUACAACCCUGAACUGUGUGUCUUUCAACCAUGGAUCACGACGAGCCAGCCGAGGCGUUGACUGAGCUGCGCGAAAAGCGGGUGGGAUUGCUGGAAUUACUGCAAACGGCGGCAGGUUCGGGGUUGGCCGCCUACACUGUGUGGGCGCUGUUUCUGCAGCCGGGCUUCCGCCGGGUGCCUCUGAGGCUGCAGGUGCCCUACGUUGGCGCGAGUGCCCGGCAGGUUGAGCACGUGCUGUCGCUGUUGCGUGGCCGCCCUGGAAAAAUGGUGGAUCUAGGCUCUGGUGAUGGCAGGAUCGUGCUGGCGGCCCACCAGUGUGGUCUCCGUCCAGCUGUGGGUUAUGAGCUGAACCCGUGGCUUGUGGGACUCGCACGGCUGCAUGCCUGGAGGGCCGGUUGUUCUGGGAGUCUCUGCUACCAUCGAAAAGAUCUCUGGAAGGUGAGCCUCAGGGACUGUCACAACGUGUCCGUGUUCUUGGCCCCUAGUGUGCUCCCUCUGCUGGAAGACAAGCUGCAAGCCGAGCUACCUGCAGGGGCCCGUGUGGUAUCUGGCCGAUUCCCCCUUCCCACCUGGCAACCUGUAGCUGUAGUAGGCGAGGGCAUGGACAGAGUCUGGGCCUAUGAUGUCCAUGGUACUGGGCCAGUGGUGUCUUCUUGUGGGGUACCCAUCAAAGCCAUCCCAGAGUCCAGUUCUACUUCCAUCCCUAGGGCCUCUGUUUGACAGGCUUGCUGACUGGAUACAAUAAAGACUCUGUGGGUUCA